AACACUGGCAACACUGUUAGUACUGUUUGAAUAUUUUCUUUGAAAAUAUAUGUAAUGUCGUUAUGAUAUAGAUUUCAUAUUUCAUUGUUGAGUAAACGUUAUUGUAAUAAGUAAUGGAUGAGUCUGCAGAAUACGUGAAUUAUUGUUUAAUAAAUAAUUUAAUUCUACUCAGGAAGGAAGUUCCAAGUAAAAUAACUGACAUCUAUCGCCGUAUGACAGUACACUUAUUGAAAAACCUGAAAAGUGUAAAUGUUCAGUUGGAAAACGAGGAACUACAUUGUGAAAUUCCUGACAAUUUAUUGAAAGAAAUGAACACUGCAUACUAUGAUGCCCAACUAUAUGAACAAAGCCGCAUGCUUAAUACUCUCAUGAAGAUGAAGAACAACCCAACUUCAAAAAUAAUUGAUGAAAUCUGAGGAAAUGAGUUUUAAACAUUCAAGAGUUGUUCAAAAUUGACCGACCUCUCCUCCAUCAGAAGAUUGGUGUCCAGUUUGAAUAUUAUUGAACUAUCUGAUAUAUUUACCAUCUCAGUCAUAAAUCAUCAAUAUUGUGAAUUGUCUUAUUUAUAUUGACUUGAAAUGAGAAUGUUACUAGUUUUUCUUUCAUAUCACUUGAAAAUUACUUAAAACUGUCAAAUAUACAAAAUUAGCUGUUUUCCUCAUUUUCUAUUAGUUAUAAUUUUUUUGAAGACCCAGAAGAUGGCCUGCCAUUUAUGGCUUUUUCAUUAAUUGAAAUCAAGCAACUAUUGAAACAGAAAGAAAACUGAAAGGAACAACUUAUAUAUUCUUGAAUGUCUAUCUGAAAUUCAUUCAAAGAAUAUUUCUGGAUAUUCAGUAAUUUCCUUUCAUAUUUUAAAAAGUUUUUUCGGUUUUGGCAUGCCAAAAAAACUCUUUUGAGAACCUUCACAAAUAACAUUUAGAUAAUAGUCCUGUCACACAGUAGUUUUAAUUUUCAUUGUCGGUAGAGAACGAACUUUGUUUUCAUAUUCUUUUUUUGAUUCAAUAAAUAUGUUCAAUGCAAGAACAGAUCACUAAUCUUAAAAGAUUGGCACAUGACACUGUCUACUAUUCACACAACUAUUCUAUGUUGUGUUGCCGUGAAGAAAUCUGUUUUUGUGUGCAGUAACAAAUUAGGAUGAGGAUUGAAAGUUUAAAUUAUUAUAUCGAUAAUCUCAAUUAAUAAUGUACUGGGUUUGAACUUUUUUGUAUUUUGCAUACAUGUAAGAAACCUACCUAAUUUGUGAACAAUAAAAACAUUUAACGGUG